CAUCCUGGCUGAGCUGAAGCUGCGUGACCCCAGCUUCCCCGACGUCUCCUACGGAGUGCUUAUCCACAGGGUGAUCAUUGGCUCCCCGGCCCAUCAGGCAGGGAUGAAGGCGGGUGACGUGGUGCUGGAGAUCAACGGGCAGGCGUCACGCCGCGCGGAGGACGUGUACGAGGCAGUACGGACGCAGCAGAGCCUGGCCUUGCUGGUGCGGCGCGGCUACGACACUUUGCUGGUGAGCGUCAUCCCGGAGGUCACGGAGUAG